AUGAAGAAAGGCCGGGCAGCGAAACAAUGCAAGAUGCGCAUGGCGCAGGGUUGCAGCGUGGCGACGCUGCUGAAUUGCGCGGAUAAUAGUGGGGCCAAGAAUCUUUACAUCAUUGCGGUGAUCGGCAUCGGAGGACGCUUGAACAAGCUGCCCAACUGCUCCCCGGGCGACCUGGUCUUGUGCAGUGUGAAGAAGGGAAAGCCAGAGCUCCGAAAGAAGGUGCUGAAGGGUGUGGUGAUUCGCCAGAAGAAGGCCUGGCGCCGCCGCGAGGGUGUCUUCGUAUACUUCGAGGACAACGCAGGGGUGAUUGUGAAUGACAAAGGUGAGAUGAAGGGUUCUGCCAUCCAGGGGCCUGUGGCCAAAGAGUGCGCCGAGCUUUGGCCAAAGAUUGCCUCCUGUGCUCCUGCCAUUUGCUGA